AUGCCACCAGCUCACAUUCCUACUGGCGUCUCAUCAAACCUCUUGCCACAACCCGCCGGUGGCGCGUUACCAUUCCCAAAGGGUCUCGCUGAAGAAAUCUCCAAGGGAGUCAGCAAGGCAAUUGUAGACUCAAUGGAUCAAAUGACAGGUCAAAUUAUUGACAGGAUUGACGAUAACCUCGCGAAACUCAUUGUUGCGUGCAAACGCGGGGACAAUCUACCUUCCUCAGACGGCCGCGAAACUUAUCCAACUCCCACCAACCCAGAGACGUCGUUGCUCAUACCCCCACUCGCCACCACUUCUAUCCCCGCUAUCCAGGUCCCCGCCAUGCAAGCUAUACAAGCUCCCCCUCUCGCCCAAGGGAAUUACCCCUUUGUUCCCCCUCUCCAAACCAAUACGAAGUCUAUCCUUCAGUGUUUCCCGGGAAUAGAGUCGUCUAUCAUACAGUCCGUGGUAAAACAUGAACUACGGCCACAGCAGCUGUAUAAGCUCAUCACGACUACCAACAAGCAUAUCUACCCGACCUCUCUCGUCUACACACCCUCGAAAGGUUUUCACGCCGAGGAACCGUCUAUUCUUCGGGAACUCCCCACCUUCACGGCUUUCAUGAAGGCUCUCAUGGUUUACUUUGAUAUACUGUCCGCGCACGUCCGCAUAUCCACCAGCAAUAUUGACAUGCUCGGCUAUCUCACUCAUGGUGUUUUUUGCUACGUCAAGAACCUCUAUCACUACAUUGGAACCUACGCAUACGAAACAGUCCUCCAAUUCCACAUGAUUUUCCACGCAAAGCGAUUAUUCGAGAUGCAAGACGGCGAUUACUCAGGCUGGUCGCGAAUCGACAGCGACUUAGUAGCGGAGAUCCUCCUACCAUCGGUCCGAAUCGCUACCAAUGUCUCUGCAAUAACUGUCACCGGCAAAAUAUCGUCGUCCAAGGACAGAUUCAAGUCUGCAGCGAAUCUAAACAAGGAGGUGUGCCGAAAGUUCCAAGACGGCAAAUGCACUUCCCCUUGCCACCGCAACCGCAUCCACCAAUGCUCGGUAUGCAGCUCUGAGGCGCAUGGUGGCGCUACAUGUACUGCCAGGCACAACAACUUAUCAUCGAUCUCGCCAGCAGCACAGCGAUCGGCGAUGAAGGACGUUGGGGGACGAAGGUGA